AUGGCCGCGCUGGUUCAAACGAUCCCCCAACAGAGUGGCACGGUACCGGUGCUCCAGACGCGUCCUUCCUCCUCCUCGGGCACCUUUGCCUCCCCUUCCACCCAGUCCCCUGUCUCCCGCUACCAGAACAUGUCGUGGAGCUCCUUCAAUGCCGGCAAUUCGGGGAGCUAUCGAGCAGGCCACCCGGUUGUGGCUCCCUAUGCCUACACUCCUAAUUUGGGUCCCUCUGCUCCCUCUCCGACAAGCCAACAUCGCCAGUCGUGGUCGCCCCAUCUUCGACCGGAGCACCGCACCUUCUCCGCCCCUGUCACCCACCAGGGUUCCUUGAAUCCGUCCUACACGGGCCACUCGCGCGUCGUCCAUCCUGCAGCUGGUUCUGUAUCCAAUUCCUCCUCAUCCACCUCUUCUUUCCGAUCCCAUAUUUCCAAGGACGACAGUGCACUCCCCUCCCGGCAAUUGAGGACGGAGCAACCGCUCCGUCCUUUGUCGACCGCCAACCUCCCCCCUCCCAACGUCAUGAACAUCUCCUCUCCGGCCGGCUCCGCCAAGCCUUCUCCCAAUCGGUACCGUCGUGCGAAUCAACAGCGGACGGAGGGUGCUCGGCCGCAGUCACCCGCUCCGGCAUCCACUCCCCCUGCGGCGGAGGACCAGACGGCCGCCGGUCCCCGAAUCAUUUUGCGGUCGAAUGGCCACAACCGUGUCUCCAGUGUAGAUGACUCCUCUCACCUGGAGAGGCCACAGCCAGAACUUGCCAAGCGGUACCGCCGCCGCAGUCUGGGGAAUAUGGAUCCCUCCACAUACCCUAAUAUGGAGCUUCAAAUGCCACUAUCGUCUUCUUCCCAGUAUGGCUCGUACGACUUUAUCGCGUUCGAUACCAAGGAACGGCCGCGAUCGGCACACUCGCACCGGGAUAGCUCGGUGAGCGUCCACUCCGCACACUCGUCCACUUCUUCGGUACGAGAAGGGGCUGCCCCAGAAUCGAGCCCGGUGACCAGCAAGACCAGCAAGCCCGAAGAGAAGCGAGCGAGCAAAUCCUCGCCUUUGUCUCAGCCUUCAACCUCGCCCGAUUCCCCGACGACCGGACCGACAGAAAGCCAGACCACUACGGCUUCGUCGCCCCCAGUGGACUCACCGGCUGCCAGGCGCCUGGCGGAGCUGAAGAACGAGUCCAAGCGCCCUGGAAAAUCACGCCUGCGACGUGCGUUCUCUUUCGGCAGCGCCUCCGAGUUGCUGAAGGCAUCCUCCGCACAGAACGCUGCUAACAAGCGCGAGGCUGCAGCUGCCGAGCAGGCUCGCCGGGAGGCCCUCCGGGAGGAGCUUGGAGAAGAACAAGCCGCCAUUGCCGAGCAGCAAGAAGCCAGUGGGCUCGGUGAGAGCAUUUAUUCCCACCAAGGCAAUUUAUUCCGUGGCUCGACCGAUGCCCUCUCCGUCUCCUCGACCGCUUCUUCGGCCUCGAUGAUGCUUCGCAAGAUGGGCAAGGGUAUGAAGCGAGGCGGCCGAUCUCUUGUCGGCCUGUUUCGUCCUAAGUCGGUUGCUAGCAUCAACUCGAUUGAGGGAGGGGUGCCAGAGCAGCCCAUGGCUGCCCCCAAGAUCUCAGUGGUCAACGUGGAAGGAGAGCGUGCGGAGGUGGAGAGCGUAACGGUGAACCCCGAUGUACAGGACAUGCCCCGUGGUGGCACGGUAUUUCCCAAGGCGGAGAGUGGCUCGGAACCUCGGCGAUCUGGCUCCCUCCAUGAACGUCCUGUUCAACAGCGAAGCCUCUCCGAUAACACCGGCGACAGCCGCAAGAGCAUCGUGGGGGGUGACCGAGAACGUGCGGAGGUCCUGGCGACUCUCCACCGGGGUAUUCUCAAGAAGACUCACUCCGAUCUUGGAGUCUCGGCCCCAGCGCGCGCACAGAACGGCAGUGACUCGCCGCACUCCAGUGCUCCAACCACUCCCGAUGAGUCGAUCCGAGCUACCCGCUCGGGCGACCAGGUCAAGAUCGCAGGCGAAGACUACUUCAUGUCGGAAGGUGGACGGUAUGCGGGCGGUGACGCCAAGAGCGCCCCCAUCACUCCCCAGCCCGGCGGGCGGAACAUCGUGUUCAGCCCUCGCAUUCAAUUCCACGAGACGUGGCCGAGUGGCGAAUAUGACCGUCGCGGAGAGAUUGCGACUUGCAACCGUUUGACGCCGUUGCUCGCUCAGCAGAUCCGGGAGGAGAUCAACAACUUCAAGAUGGAGAUGGAGGUUCACGAGAACUCCAAGAUUUACACACACUUCAUUUGA